ACAGCCACGGCGGGGAACUGUGCGUAGGUGUGUUCAGGUGAUGGGAGGAGGACGGGGGCCGGUGCGGGGAGUGAGGCCGGAGCGGCGGGCUCCCCUGCGGGGCUGGCCCGGUUGCAGCGCGGGGUUCCAUUGUCCCGAGUCGGCGAGCGCUCCGGGUCCCGGUCCCGGUGCCGGGACGUUUAACCUGCGGCAUGGCGCAGCCCCCCGGCCUGAUGUCAAAAAUGGUUACAGACAUCUUUAAUGCAGAGAGUGAUGAUGAAGAAUUUAUGGGUUUUGAAGAUACUGAUAUUGGGAAUGAAUGUGGACAGUUUAAACAUAUACCAAAGUUUUUGGCGGAUAUAUUUGAUGCACCAAGUGAUGAAGAGUUUUUCGGUUUUCCAGAUGAAGAAUCCAAUGCAUUACUUAGUUCUGCUGAGGACAAAUUUAACCAGGGCAUAAAUGUUUCCAAAUUUCAGUCCAAGUACAUUACAGAAGAGCUGAUUGAAAUUUUCACAGAGGAUAGUUGCUCAACUGAUUAUGUUUUUGAAGGGUUUCCUUCAAACAAUUUUGAAGCUAAUGGUGAGCUGGAUUUAAAGUCUGCAAAUUCGGAAAUUGAGGAUGAGGAUGAAGAUGAAGGUUUCACUGAAUGUGAUGAGGAUGAAGAUGAUAUAUCUUCCGUUGAAAGUGAAAUUGAACCAAUGCCAAAGAAAACCCAUUUUGGACUGCGUGUAGCAUUUAAAUUCCCCACAAAGCGGCCGGUAAAGAGAAAGGAGCAUGAGCUGGCUAUGUCUGAAUCUGAAUCAGAUGAUGAUUCUGGGUCAAAGAAGAAGAGGUCUAAUGUUUUGCUAAAGCGAGCUAUGAACAUUAAAGAGAAUAAAGAGAUGCUUGCUAAACUAAUGGCAGAACUAAAAACAAUCCCUGGGCUCUUUCCAGUGAACGUACAGACUCCUUCACCUUCAAAACAGAAACGAACCCCAAAAAGAACUUUCUCUGAAGGAAAGAUUGAGCGCCGCGUGAAUCCAACAAGAAGUGCGCGGCCUCCGAAGGGGUUUUCUGUGGAGAAGUUGGCGAUUUCUCCUACCAAACUUAUGGACCAAGUGAAAAACUUCCGCUUGAGAAAUGAUUUGUCAGAACGUUUUGUUGAGGAUGGAAGCUUAAAGAAAAAGAGGCGAAGAUCUUCCAAAUGUAAGCCCAGACUUGCUGAUGAUAUCACAGAAGAGGAUUUAGAAAAUAUUGCCAUCACUGUUAAAGAUAAAAUAUACGAUCGUUGUAUGGGAAGCACAUGCCAUCAGUGUCGACAGAAGACGAUAGAUACAAAAACAAUCUGUCGUAAUCAUGAUUGUUUUGGCGUAAGAGGACAGUUUUGUGGACCUUGUUUGCGCAACCGAUACGGGGAAAAUGUGAGAUCAGCCCUUUUAAAUCCAGACUGGGUGUGCCCUCCUUGCAGAGGCAUCUGUAAUUGUAGCUUCUGCCGUCGUCGGGAUGGGCGGUGUGCCACUGGGAUUCUAGUUCAUUUGGCAAAAUUUUAUGGAUAUGACAAUGUUCAAGCCUAUUUAGAAAGUUUACAGAGACAACUAACUGAAGACUGAAACAAGAACUAGGAUUUGUAAAGAUGCGGCUGCUUAUAAUGUUACAUUUUAAUUUUCUUAGUGGAACAUGUAUAAAAGCAUACUUUAAUUUUUAGCUUCAUAAUUGAUGCCUGGAAACACUUGGUUAUUGAAGCUAAAUAAGGUCUGUUGAGUUUGUGUUUUUUGAAAUAAAUAGCUUAGCAAUCGAAAAGUUUGUUUAAACCGUUGUUAAAUUUUCUGGUGUUAAUUGUAAUGUUAUUGUCUUGGUUGCAAGAAAACAUCAUGCUGUUCAGUGGUAACAUCUUGUUUACAGUGACCACGUUAACACUAAAUGAGGGUUAAUAAGAUGUCCUCUUGUGCAUAAUCUGAUGGUGUUGAUGCAUGCAUCUGAUGUGUUCUUUACACAUCGUAAGGAUUGAUAAUUAAAACUGGAAAUGUUAAAGCUAUUAAAGCUAUGAGUCUGAUAACCCAGCAACAUUAAAGCAUUAGAUUUUUGAUUUGA